UUUUAGUCAGCUGCACAAGCAUGUGCACGAGUCGAGCUGAUGACUGGGCUUCCUUCUGACCAAACGGUAUUUUUAUCAAAUGUUUGAUGUUGAAAGAGGAGGUAUGGAACACCCAGCUUGUAUUUUGGAGGAUUUGAAGCAGUUUGUCGUACACGAUGCCCCACCAACAGUGUAUUACAUCCCAGAUUUCAUAUCAGAAGAUGAGGAGUCCUACCUUCUACAGCAGGUGUACAAAUCUCCCAAAACUAAAUGGACCCAGCUGUCAGGCAGACGGCUUCAGAACUGGGGAGGGGUCCCACAUCCCAGAGGCAUGCUGGCAGAAAAGAUCCCCGACUGGCUCCAGACGUACUGCGAGAAGAUCUCCUCUCUCGGUGCAUUCAGUGGGAAAACAGCCAACCAUGUGUUGGUGAAUGAGUACAAACCAGGAGAAGGGAUCAUGCCUCAUGAAGACGGCCCCCUGUACCACCCAACCGUCACCACCAUCAGUCUGGGCUCUCACACCUUACUGGACUUCUACGCGCCCAUCAGCAGUCAGGAGGCGGAUGCACCGCAGACGGAGGAGAACCGCUUCCUCUUCUCCCUGCUGGUGAAGCCGCGCAGUCUUCUCAUCCUGCAGGAGGACACGUACCAGCGUCUCCUCCACGGCAUCCGGCCCCGCGCCCAGGACACGCUGACAGACAAGGUGGUGAACCGGUCUGCUGCCGGGGCCGUGCCGGGAGAGACGCUGAUCCGAGGAACCAGAGUGUCACUGACCAUACGACAUGUGCCCAAAGUUAUGAAGACAAGGCUUGUACUGGGGAGGAAAUGAGGGAAGACUGCCUGUUUCUAUGAUAGAGUGUUAUAAUACUACAUGCUGUUUUUGCCACUGACACCAUCAAGCAUACUAUCAAUGGGACUGUCUCCUCCAGCUGCUUUAUUCACGUCUUUAUAAUAAAUCACUUCUAGCUUUGUUUAAUAUCUGUGCUGCCUCAAGUGAUCUCACUGCUGUAGUACCUUUCCUGUACUUCAUCAAAGGCAACAAUACAAACAGGGUCACAACUAGAAACUGUUUAACUGUCAUGUCUUAAAUAUUUUAACGAGCAUGGGAUCUGAGUAAAAAACAUUUGGAAGAAUGGUGUCUUAAAUGUAUUUGUUUUUGUUGAUUCAUUUUGUUCAGCAUUACAUACAUAAAAUGGAUAUGAAUCCUUAUUGGUUGUGCCUUGUCUAUGCAUUCCUCACCUUGCAACCCUCACUUAUUAACCAGAGUCACAUCUUCAAAGUUACAACUGGCUUGCUCAUGUUUUGAGUCGGCAAACCUGCCUAGACUGUUGGGACACAACCUGCCAGCUGAUCCCUGGAAAUUUAAUGCCGCAAAGCUCUUUUUGGGCUAAAGCUGUUAUUAUAUUAUAUACUGUAGA